GUGAAUGGAUUGUUGCCCGAGUCAGGAACGUCAACAAACGUCAACUGAAACUUCAAAACCAAAGACAUAUUGGACGUAAACAGGGUCUAUUUUCUACAACAUAUUAAGCAUGAAUAUCACGGUGAAAGUUCUGAAAGGAGAAGAAUGCACUGUUCAGGUUACUGAAUCAUCGACGAUUUUAGAUCUGAAAAAGCAAGUCGAAGAGCGCCUUCACAUUCCUGUUGCUUAUCAGAAAAUUCUUAUGCUGGGACGUGCUUUGCUCGAUGAGAAUACGAUCGCUUCGUAUACAAACAUCAAGGACGGCACAAAGCUGACAUUAGUUGUGAAAAAGCCGGACCCUCUGAAAGACGUGAUCUUCCGGUGUUUCCGCAAAUAUCACAACGAACAGCAGUCACAGGCACUAACGGACGAAUUUAUCAAAGAUUUCGAGAAAAAGAUGAAACAACUCAGUCUGGACGAUAUAGAGAGAAUAGCAGGUGGUUUUAUGAAUCAGCCGCUGCAAAUGAGCGAUUAGCGUUCGUAGUAGACUGUGGCGGGAGUGAGGAGCCUUUACUACGCGUAUAUUAAUGUCCUUUACUUAAUUUGCUUGUAUGAAUGACUAUUUUGAUAUUAGCGAAUGUAUAACAUGCAAAAUGUAAUUAUUGGUGAACAUAUUGUAAUAUUAUUUUAGAAAAGAUUGCGAUUACGACAAAAACUAAGCUUACAGUUGAAGUUUGAAAAUAAAAGGGUGGUGCACUACGGGUAACCCAAUUCA